GUCAUGAGGGUCGAUUAUGUCCGGUGGUAUCAGAAGAAGGGUGAGGAGAUGGUGACGUGCGAUCCGCCGGGGUUUGAGACGACUAAGUAUAUCGAGGAGCAUAAGGUGGCGUAUACGAAUCCGAAUCUGACGGUAUGUGGAAGCUUAUCUUGUGGGAAUGAGGGGAGGUGGCUAACGUGCAGUAGAAGUGGGAUCAGACGGGGUUCCCGUGGCCGAAGCACAAGUUGAACAGCGAUUGUGGAAAGCCUUGAAUCUUCCCCCACUGGCACAUAGACAUCACGGACACCAUAGCUGCAUAAGGGCCGAAAUUCCAGUUCCGAGCGACAAGCUUCUUCGACGGUGCAUCCCUGACGCCGCCCAGGUACCGUACCAUUUCGACAAGUUACCUUCGACCUGGGCAACCGCCCACCAGAAAUGUAAACGCCAUCAUGAUGGAUGCCCUCAGUGCCCAGGCGCGAUACGUACAUCUCGCCGCAGCUCUCAUCGCUCGCCGCACGUCAAGAAGAACCCUUAAAACACGCGACCGCUUCCCGCGCACUACUCACGUCCGGGAGCGCUACACACCCGACUACCUCCUAUCCAUCCCACUCCUCACCUACCUCUCCCUCUUGGAUAGCCCAGCCCAGACAGACGGCCAACAUCUCUCCGCUGUACAUACCACACACAACCCUUAUCGCAUGCAUACAUACAUUCGACCCGGCGUUCAGCGCUACUCCUCCAUGCAUUCGACACAUUCAACCACAUUUCCUUUUUAUAUCCACUUAUAUCAUAUAAUCCACACAUCUCUAAUCACGCCGUAUCCACCCUUCAUCUCCCUUCCAAGCCCCCUUUCUAUCUCAUCCGCGCACAACAACAUUUACGGUACUAUCUGUGCAGAACGGCGGCGCGUGGCGUUAUCUAUUGUUUCUGGGUACUUUAUGAUCGUUUCGUUUCGAACUUGGUUUAUUGCGGAGAAGGGAUUGGUGGGGGGAGGGGGGAGAAAGUAUAAGGGCGGCAAUGUCGCACAGGAAUGAACAUAACAGCGUAAUGUCUAUAUAAUGCGUAUGUGCAGCACAUCCAGUCCUCGCAAUGUACUUAUCAACACCAACCUAUCAUACCGUAUAUGUAUAUAUGCUCCGUUUUAGCACAAUUAGUAAUAGUCGUAGCAUGGGAAAACAACGCAGUCAUCUCGCCCACAUUUAAUCAAAUCAAAUCAAAAUC